AUGCGUCAUUUGGAAUGGGAAGGUUUGGGAGUGAAGGUCGACGACUUCUAUCUACAUUCCCUCCGCUUAGCAGACGACAUCUUGGUUAUAAAACGAACAUCGAGCAGGCAGAACGAACGCAUUGACAGGGCUUGUGGAAAGAUCGGUAUGAGACUGAACCUGAGGAAGACAAUGUUUAUGAGAAACGGUCUGGUAGCCGAUGAUCCAUUAAUGCUGAGCGGAACGAGCAGUCGGGAGGUCAACAUGAUGAUCGACGUAGCUCCGGAGCUGCGUGGAAGAGAACGUGCCGCGUGGGGAACGCUUGAGAAUAUCGAAGAAGACAGUGAACAUCUGGCUCCACGCUUACCUUUUCGACAAUGCUGUCCUUCCUGCUUUGAAGCACGCCUCCAAAACUUGGGCCUACGAAAGAAGGAUGAACAUGAUGUUAGCGUUACUGAACGCGCUUUGGAAGGCGGUGCUCGGAAUUUACCUGUGCACGCGAAAAGGAAUCUGGAGAUCCACGCUCCACCAUCGAGCGAAGAGCAGAUUACGUUGAUACGCGCAGAAAUCGAAGAUCAAGUGGAAAAUAAUGAUGACUGGACCGGAGCGGCUACUGAUUGA